AUGGCGCAGGCUUUGCAGCUCCUCUAUAGCCACCGCACCGACGACGGUGACAUCUCAGCUGAGACCUUCAACGCCGGCUUGGCCAAGGGACCCUGGACCUGGAGUCAGGAGCUGCUCCGCGCCAUGCGGCGGCGCCGCGUGGCGCUGGACGCGUCUGGGCAGAGCUGCGUGCUACGCUCCGCCGGGCGCGCCGCCGGCUGGGCGCAGGCGCUGGUCCUAAAGGGCGGCCUAGCGCGCCAGGCCGCGGGGCUUCGGGUUCUUGUGGGGUAG